AUGAGAUCGGUAUGGGUGAUUUUGGGAGUGUUUUUAAAUCUUCUUGGAACGGAUGUUUCGGCACUAGAGUUAGAUGUUGAUGAUUUUAGCUCUAUGCAAAGUGCUACGUCAUUGAUAUCAACGGGGGUGUUGGAUUACUAUACUGGUCUGGACCCUGGCAACACCAUUGGGAUGUUUUCAUCUCCAUAUUAUUGGUGGGAGGCAGGUGCUGCAUGGGGUGCUUUGAUUGAUUACUGGUUUUAUAUGGAGAAUGACACUUACAACGAUAUUAUCAAACAGGCUCUUUUGUAUCAGGUGGGGAAGUACGAAGACUACGUUCCGCUCAACCAAUCUACUACAGAAGGUAAUGAUGAUCAAGCAUUUUGGGGUAUUGCAGUUAUGUCCGCCGCUGAAAAGGGGUUUCCGAAUCCAGAUCCGGAUCAACCGCAGUGGUUGGCAUUAGCUCAAGCUGUAUUUAAUACGAUGGCAUAUCGGUGGGAUUCGAGUUCGUGUAAUGGCGGAUUGAGGUGGCAGAUUUUCACCUGGAAUACAGGUUAUGACUAUAAAAAUUCUGUCUCGAAUGGUGCACUCUUCCAUUUGGCUGCUAGAUUGGCCCGUUACACGGGCAACCAAUCCUACGCUGACUGGGCUGAGAAAGUUUAUGACUGGAUGGCUUCAGUGCAGCUUAUUAAUCAAACUGGCGAUUGGACCUUUGUGUAUGAUGGUGCUUUUAUCCAUGAUAAUUGUAGUAGGCCAUCUGUGCUACAAUGGUCGUAUAAUCAUGGGCUUAUCCUAGGCGGUUGUGCUUAUUUGACCGAUUUUACUGGAUCAGACGUGUGGCACAAUAGGACAUUGAGGCUUUUAAGGUCUGCCUCAAUAUUUUUCCCCAAUGGUGUUGUCACCGAAGUUGCAUGCCAGGAGGCAGGGACAUGUAAUACUGAUCAGCGUUCAUUUAAGGCAUACUUCAUGAGAUUCUUAGGGUUGACUGCGCAGUUGAUUCCUGAAUCCCGUGAAAUAGCUAUGAAGUGGAUCCGUGAUUCUGCAAAAGGUGCAGCAUUAUCAUGUUCUGGUGGUAGGGAUGGCCAUACGUGUGGUAUGAAUUACUCUAGGGGGUCUUAUGAUGAAUCAUAUGGUCUAGGAGAACAACUUGCUGCACUAGAGACAAUUCAAAACCUACGAUGCCUGGAAAAAGGAUCCCCACUUACUGCAAGUGAAGGUGGAACUAGUAUAGGUAAUCCAGGAGCAGGAGGCAACAGAAAUCUAGGUACUCUAUCACCGUUAGAUAUUUCUAAUGCUGAUCGGGCAGGUGCCGGCAUCAUCACUGCUUUAGUUGGGUUUUCUCUUAUUUCGUGUAUUGUUUGGUUGGUGUCUUGA